UCCAAAGUUAUGACCGGAAGUCUUUUUUUUUCUGGCUCACGCUGUUGUGGAAACCCGCAGUUCGCAGACACACUAGCUAUUUCCUCCUCGAGCCCGAAGACACCAGAGAUGAAAAAACAAGACACGGAAGAGUCCGCCACCCGAGGCGGUGGGGAUGCUCCACCUGCAGCAGAAGGGGUGGAGACACCUGCAGCAGAAGAGGUGGAGUCACCUGCAGCAGAAGUGAUGGAGACACCUGCAGCUGAAGAUGUGGAGUCACCUGCAGCAGAAGUGAUGGAGACACCUGCAGCUGAAGAGGUGGAGUCACCUGCAGCAGAAGGGAUAGCGUCACCUGCAGCAGAAGGGGUGGAGUCACCUGCAGCAGAAGGGGUGGAGUCACCUGCAGCAGAAAAGGUGGAGUCACCUGCAGCUGCAAAGGACAGCGCUGACAGCAGCAGCCUCAAAGAGUCGGAGCCACAGACGCCACAGACAGACACGCCGCCGCAAGGCGACGAGGCCGGAAGUGAAGUUGCAGAAGCGGCACUUUCUCAAUGUGACAUGGCUGAGAAGCUGAGCCGGCAGCUGGAGGACAUCCUCAGCACGUACUGUAGGGAAACCAUUUCGGACGACGGCACCGUGCCCAACGGCCAGCCGCACGGCCCCGAGCUCAACGGCAUGGUCGGUAAGAGGGGGGACGGCAAGCCAGAGGGCAAGGUCAACGUGGCCGGCAAUGGAGGGCAGAAGAAGUCUCAGGAUAAGAAGAAAGUGAAGGGUCUCGGCAAAGAGAUCACUCUUCUCAUGCAGACUCUGAACACGCUGAGCACCCCGGAGGAGAAGCUGGGAGGCCUUUGCAAGAAGUACGCCGAGCUGCUGGAAGAGCACCGCAACACCCAGAAGCAGAUGCGAUCGCUGCAGAAGAAGCAGAACCAGGUGGUGCAGGAGAAAGACAACCUGAGGAACGAACACAGCAAGGCCCUCCUGGCUCGCAGCAAGCUGGAGAGUCUCUGCCGGGAGCUGCAGAGGCACAACCGCACACUCAAGGAGGAGGGGAUGCAGAGAACGCGCCUGGAGGAGGAGAAAAGGAAGGAAGUGACCUCCCACUUCCAGGUGACGCUGAACGACAUCCAGGCUCAGAUGGAGCAGCACAACGAGAGGAACGCCAGCCUUCGUCAGGAGAACACGGAGCUGGCCGAGAAGCUGAAGAAGCUCUACGAACAGUACAAACUGCGAGAGGAGCACAUAGACAAAGUGGUGAAGCACAAAGACCUGCAGCAACAGCUGGUGGACGCCAAGCUGCAACAGGCUCAGGAGCUGUUGAAGGAGUCCGAGGAACGCCACGACAGAGAGAAGCACUUUCUGCUGAAGGAAGCCGUGGAGUCUCAACGGAUGUGCGAGCUGAUGAAGCAGCAGGAAGUUCACCUCAAACAACAGCUGUCGCUCUACACGGAGAAGUUCGAGGAGUUUCAGACCACCUUGUCCAAGAGCAAUGAGGUCUUCACCACAUUCAAGCAGGAGAUGGAGAAGAUGACUAAAAAGAUCAAAAAGCUGGAGAAGGAGACGGCCAUGUAUCGGUCCAGGUGGGAGAGCAGCAACAAGGCUCUCCUGGAGAUGUCGGAGGAGAAAUCCGCGCGGGACCACGAGUUCGAGGCGCUGCAGGGUAAAGUCCAGCGGCUCGAGAAGCUGCGGCGGGCGCUGAAAGUAGAACGCAACGAGCUCAACAAGAAGGUCCAGAACCUCAGCGGUAAGGACGGCGUCCCCGCCCCCGACCCGGGCACCGAGUCCCCCUCGCCGCCGCCCACAGACUCUCUGCUGCAGCCCGGCGCCGCCCACCCGGUCCCAGACAACGCCCCUUGCUCCCAGUCCUGCCACUGCGACCCCGGACUGGACACGGCCGCCCCCCCGGGAGAGGCAGUCGCUGCACGGGAAUGAAACGGUCGCCCCCCCCUCGCCGCCGCCUCCUCCUCUCUCUCUCCCCCGCCGGCAUCAACGCCUCCGGGCCUGCAGGCCACCGCUCCUCUGCUGGAUGAAAGUGACGGUCCGGACGCCGCGGUUGACUUGUGUCCUCCCAGCAUGCCCUGCAGGCUUUAUUAGCGGCGUGGGAAAGAUUGUGCCUCAUCCGUCAGUGCAUUUUACAUUUUACAUGCGCGCCGUAACUCUGUUUAAAUGACCUCGUUGCGGUUAAAGUUUGACACUCCGAACACACGACGUGGCUCUCAGUCAAAACCUGCACUGAAUCAAAAACACUGAAAGAAAUCAGACUUGAGGUGUGUUCACGUUACAGUAAUUAACCUCCGGUCGUGCAGUUUUACUGUUGUUUUUUACUUCCAUCAAACACAACCGCUCGGCGAGAAAAAAGCCACAGCGCUGCUGGGAUGACACAAGCCGUGUGUGUGUGUGUGUGUGUGUGUGUAGGUGUGUGGAAGGUGUGUGGAAGGUGUGUGGAAGGUGUGUGUUGCGCUAAAGGCCAGUCCUCGUAAACCCAUGUUUUUCUUUCAGGUGAAGUCUUAACGGGAUGUGAAGAUGAUCAUUUCUUUUGGCCAGUGAAAUUCUCAAUAACAUAAUAAAAAUUACAUAGAAUUCUACAAAAUUAUUGAAGGACAUUUUUCAUUCUGACUUUUUCUUCUUUCUUUUUUUUUCUUACUUGUGGACCAUUGAAGCAUAAUCUCUGUUAUGGAAAUGUAUGCAUCUUACAGAGAGACGCUUUAAGACAAAUCUGUUUUAUUUUUUUACACAUUUAGAAAAUGUCAAAAAUAAUGUUGAUUUUUAAGACUUGUCAUUCCUAACCUUUCUGAGUUCUGUUGUCAGCUGCAUUCAUUUUUACAUGUUUUUCAUUCUGCUUAAAACAUUAUUAUGACGACCACUCGAAGUGUGUGUGUGUGUGUGUGUGUGUGUGUGUUACAUGGCUAUGAUUGUCUCCUCCCAGCCCUGGUGGUAAUUGCAGUAGCUUGUAAUCAGGUUUCAACUAGAGAAUGUUUAAGGACCUCUAUGCAACGCUUGCCUCUUGGUUCAGUUUUUUUUUUUUUUUUUUCUGUGGCCGUCUCAACUGACGAGCACUUAGCUGAGAAUGUACAUUCAUCUCCACUGUCUCGCAUGGAUGUAUAAACAGGCAACAUAUCUCACAGCAGAACUUUAUUUUCUCUUCCGUCAUUCUCAUGUACUAAUUUAAUAUGUAGCAUCGGUGUCACCGUAGAGAGUCAUUUUUCAAUUUCCAUAGGAAAUGGCGGACGUGUUAUCUUCCAAUUAAUUAUGCCUUCUGGUCCCCGCGGUAGAUGUUGGAGGUUCGUUGACCACGAGGAGGAACCAAAGAUGUUUCCUCUUUUGUAGUACUUUUAGCUGGCCCUGUAUAUUUAGUUUAUUAUUAAAUAAAAAGAUGUAACGGUG